AUGGAAACGCCUCUGGUCAACGGUUGGGUCGCCUCGCCAAACGCACGCGGGACGAUAGACAUAAUCUGGAGCUGCGUUGUCACUGUGUUCUUAUGCAGUUGGUCGGUGUUAUUCCUCAACGUACCCGACAAGCACAGCUUCCGAUCGUAUCUGUCGACAAAAUUAUCAUGGGUUGCCUUUACCAUUUUCUUUCCAGAGAUCCUUGCGUCGUUCGCUCAGGUCCAAUAUCUCUCCGCACGACAUUCGGUAGCCGCUUUCCAUGAGCUCGGAUAUUCCGACUGGUCCAUGACCCAUGCCUUCUUCGCCGACAUGGGCGGUUUUAUGCUUGAUUCUCCGGACUAUCCACGCUUUCCCGUAAACGCCCAUCAGGUUCGCUACCUUGUGGAGCAUGGAUUUGUCGAUUACCCUAGCAUACACCGCGACACCAUACAAGACAAGAACAAAGCAGACGCUUUCGUUCGUAUCCUUACGUCCAUCCAGAUACUCUGGUUUGCUCUUCAAUGCAUCGGACGCGCCGUUCAGCAGCUCCACGUUUCGAUGCUCGAGCUCGACGUGGUUGCUAUCGUGCUAUGCACUAUUCCGACAUUCUAUUUCUGGUUCCAUAAGCCAUUGGACGUUGAUACGACAGUCACUUUGUAUAUGGAAGGAUCACUUCAACUGAGCGAUGUGCUGGCAUUAGCAGACCCUGACAUAGCGAAAAGACCGUGGAAACUUACGCCGCUCGACUUCAUCAACCCGCAUCCAGAUCCUUUCCAGAUCCUCGAUCCUAUCAUGUGGGCUUUCGAGUACUUGUUACGAAUUGGUACUGACUCCAAGCAUGUACCCAUCACGCGCUUCAAAAACACUGCGCGUAUGAACCCGGGCAAGGUGACUGUGACGGAAUGGAUGAUUUCCACGACUGCAGCACUCACUUUCAUCCUGAUACAUUUCAUCUCGUGGAACUUCCACUUUCCAACAUCUUUGGAACAAACUCUUUCGCGAGCUGCAUGUCUAACACUUCUCGGAGUUGGAUUUUCUUUCGGCAACUUGUGGAUCUUGAUGAUCUGGCAACUACCCAAUCUUUGUAGGUGGACAGGUAUCCCGCAAGUGGAUACUGUUACGGAGUACCUCCCUCAUAUACAUCCUUUCUUCCAGUACUUGCUCACUGUUACCCAUAUUGGGGCAUAUGGUAUCGCGCGAAUCUUCAUCAUUGUAGAAGGAUGUGCUGGUCUUAGGGCACUUCCUGCGAGUAGCUUCCGUAGUGUGGAAUGGUCAGACCUGUUGCCUCAUAUAUAG